GCCUGGCCCCGCGGCGUGGCCACGACCAUGGACAAGAUCCUGGAGGGCCUGGUGAGUUCUUCGCACCCGCUGACCCUCAAGCGCAUGAUUGUGCGCAAGGUGGUGGAGUCGGCGGAGCACUGGCUGGACGAGGCGCAGUGCGAGGCCAUGUUUGACCUGACCACCCGGCUCAUCCUGGAGGGUCAGGACCCUUUCCAGCGACAGGUGGGCCACCAGGUGCUGGAGGCCUACGCCCGCUACCACCGGCCCGAGUUCGAGGCCUUCUUCAACAAGACUUUCGUGCUGGGUCUCCUGCAGCAGGGCUACCGCUCGCUGGACCGGAAGGACGUAGCCAUCCUGGACUACAUCCACUGCGGCCUCAAGCUGAUCAUGAGCUGCCCGUCGGUGCUGGACCUCUUCGGCGUGCUGCAGGUCGAGGUGCUGAGGAUGGUCUGUGAGAGGCCCGAGCCGCAGCUCUGUGCCCGGCUGAGCGACCUUCUGAGCGACUUCGGGCAGUGCAUCCCCAAAGGGAAGUUGGCCGUCACCUUCUGUCAACAGUUGGUCCGAACGAUAGGCCACUUCCAGUGCGUGUCCACCCAGGAGAAGGAGCUGCGGGAAUAUGUCUCCCAGGUGACCAAAGUGAGUAAUUUGCUGCAGAACAUCUGGAAGGCCGAGCCUUCCACGCUGCUGCCUUCCCUGCAAGAAGUUUUUGCGAGCAUCUCUUCCACAGAUGUGUCAUUUGAACCAUCGGUAGCACUGGCAAGCCUUGUGCAACAUAUUCCUCUUCAGAUGAUCACAGUUCUCAUCAGAAGCCUUACCACGGAUCCAAAUGUGAAAGAUGCAAGUAUGACCCAAGCGCUUUGCAGAAUGAUCGACUGGCUGUCGUGGCCAUUGGCUCAGCAUGUGGACACCUGGGUGAUUGCACUUCUGAAAGGACUGGCAGCUGUUCAGAAGUUCACUAUUUUGAUAGAUGUUACUUUGCUGAAAAUAGAGCUGGUCUUUAACCGACUUUGGUUUCCUCUUGUGAGGCCCGGUGCUCUUACAGUUCUCUCUCACAUGCUGCUCAGUUUUCAGCAUUCUCCAGAGGCGUUCCAUUUGAUUGUCCCUCAUGUAGUUAAUUUGGUUCACUCUUUCAAAAGUGAUGGCCUGCCUUCUAGCACAGCCUUCUUAGUGCAGUUAACAGAGUUGAUCCAUUGCAUGAUGUAUCAUUACUCUGGGUUUCCAGAUCUCUACGAACCAAUCCUGGAGGCAGUAAAGGAUUUUCCUAAGCCCAGUGAAGAGAAGAUGAAACUGGUCCUCAGUCAAAGUGCCUGGACGUCGCAAUCCAGUGCUCUGGCAUCCUGCUUGUCUAGACUGUCUGGAAAAUCUGAAACCGGGAAAACUGGUCUUAUUAACCUAGGAAAUACAUGUUAUAUGAACAGUGUCAUACAAGCAUUGUUCAUGGCUACAGAUUUCAGAAGACAAGUAUUAUCUUUGAAUCUAAACGGGUGCAAUUCAUUAAUGAAAAAAUUACAGCAUCUUUUUGCCUUUUUGGCUCAUACACAGAGGGAAGCAUAUGCACCUCGGAUAUUCUUUGAGGCUUCCAGACCUCCUUGGUUUACUCCCAGAUCACAGCAGGACUGUUCUGAAUACCUCAGGUUUCUGCUAGACAGACUCCAUGAAGAAGAAAAGAUCUUGAGAGUUCAGUCCUCAUACAAGCCUUCUGAAGGCCUGCGGUGUAGUGAGACUGCUCUACAGGAAGUAGCCAGUAAGGUAGCUGUACCAUCUGAGACCCCCUGCCCAAGUGACAGCGAGAAGACUUUAAUAGAGAAAAUGUUUGGAGGAAAACUACGGACUCACAUAUGUUGCUUGAACUGCAGGAGUACCUCACAGAAAGUGGAAGCCUUCACAGACCUCUCUCUGGCCUUUUGUCCUUCCUCUUCCACAGAAGACUUGUCCUUCCAAGAUCCAGCCUCAUUACCCAACGUGCAAUACGGUGGCCUCAUGCAAACCAGUGUCCCCGGCCCUUCCGAGGAGCCCAUAGUUUAUAAUCCUGCAGCAGCUGCCUUUGUUUGUGACCCAGUGGUGAACGAAAGAAUAGGCUGUCCUCCUGAUGAGCUUCACCGUACUGAAAACAUGUCUGUCUCUAGUGACUCUGCCAAGAUUCUUUUCAGUCAAGAUGUACCUCAGAAACCCACACCUUCAGUAACUGACUUACUAAAUUAUUUUUUGGCUCCAGAGAUUCUUACUGGUGACAACCAAUAUUAUUGUGAAAACUGUGCCUCUCUACAAAAUGCUGAGAAAACUAUGCAAAUCACGGAGGAACCUGAAUACCUUAUUCUUACGCUCCUAAGAUUCUCCUAUGAUCAGAAAUACCAUGUGAGAAGAAAAAUUUUAGACAAUGUUUCACUGCCACUGGUUUUGGAGUUGCCAGUUAAAAGAACUAAUUCCUUCUCUUCAUUGUCAGAAAGUUGGUCUAUAGAUGUUGACUUCACUGAUAUUAAUGAAAACAUAGCUAAGAAAUUAAAACCUUCUACAACUGAAGACGCUUUCUGCCCCACAUUGGUGCCCUACUUACUGAGUUCUGUUGUUGUUCAUUCUGGUGUGUCUUCUGAAAGUGGGCAUUACUAUUCUUACGCCAGGAACAUCACAGGUUCAGGGUCUUCCUACCAGAUGUGCCCCCAGCCUGAAAGUCUGGCAUUAGCACCUUCCCAUAGCCAUUUACGAGGAGAGAGUCCCAGCACAGUUACUGAACAGGAGCUGGAAAAUAAGGAAAUGUCAAAAGAAUGGUUUUUGUUUAAUGACAGCAGAGUGACAUUUACAUCAUUUCAGUCAGUCCAGAAAAUUACAAGUCGAUUUCCAAAAGACACAGCUUAUGUGCUUUUGUAUAAAAAACAGAACAGCACUAAAGGAUUAGGUGGAAAUAACCCAACCAAUGGACUCUGGAUCAAUGGAGACCCACCUCUACAGAAAGAACUUAUGGAUGCCAUAACAAAAGACAACAAACUGUAUUUACAGGAACAAGAGUUGAACGCGCGUGCCCGGGCCUUACAAGCUGCUUCUGCCUCCUGUUCAUUUAGGCCUAAUGGAUUUGAUGACAAUGACCCACCAGGAAGCUGUGGACCAACUGGCGGAGGGGGAGGAGGAGGAUUUAAUACCGUUGGCAGACUCGUAUUUUGAUCCUAAGAGUCCAAAAUGCACUUGAUGACAAAACACCAGGACUAUGACUGUUACAUGUCAGACUGUAACAAGUAUCAUAGCUACUAUUUUUCUUCUCAUUAGACCCUGAUACUUUAAGAAAACACUCAGUGAUUGCUUUUAUUUUUCUUGACAAAAUGCAUCAUGGAAAAAAAAUCUACCUCUUAAAAAGUUCCAUUUGCAUUUGUGGUUAGACAUGCUUGACCAAAAAUGUUCAAAGGAAAGAAAUGUACCUGGUCCCUAAUGAAGCUGCAUUACAUUUGGUAGAAGCAUUUAAAUGAUCUAUUUUCAAUCCUACUGAACACAAAUUAUAAUUCACCUAGAAUUCUUUAAGAAUUGAUGCUCGAGAUUCUAUACAGAUAAUGUUUAAAAGUAAAGAACACCUUGUUUGUGGUAGAAUUACUGCAGUUUUAAAUCCAGAUCUUUGAAACCUAUAGAGAUGAUGUAUCUCUAAAGAAGGCAAUAACAAAUUUCCCAAGCUGUCAUAUAUUCAGGUUUAUAUUUAGUGCUAAUUUCAACAUCACUGUAUCUUCACUUCAAGGACCAGUGUUUUUACAAGGAUUAUUUCUACAGAUGUGAUGGAUUCAUUUUAAGAAAAGUGCAUGACCCUGUAAGUGCAACCAGUGUUUUCACCUGAAAGUUGCUAACUCUGUGGUAUUUCUAAUUGUUCAAGGAUUUUAAAAUUCUGUUUCAGGGAGUAGAUCUUGUGUUUUGAAGGAGGUGAGUUCUGUAUGUGCCUUGCAGUACUGUAAUUCAAAAUUAGGUAUCUCUGGACGCAGAAAAGCUUUUUUAAAAACUGAAACGUUAGGAAGUAAUUUUUGUGCUAACAUUAAAAUUAUAACUUUGUAAAUGUAUUAGAUUUUUCAGAAGUAAAAUCUGAUGGUUCUAAAUCAA